GCGCGGGGCCUCUGGGUGGCGGAGUUUAAUAGAGAAAGAGUGCCGGCUGGCAGAAAGACGCUCCAAGGGGCUCAAGAAAAAGGGGGCGCCCUCUUCCAGAUCCCGGCCCCUGGCCAGGGUCUCCUGAGACACCUGCCGUGGCUUGCGCGUGUCUUUCCAGAAACGGCUCUGCAAGCACCCGCCAGCUGGGGCGUGGCGCCCAGGCUUUCAAAACCCCCCCACUCGCCCAGGGAGUAAUGUGUGGUUUGCUUCUUUCACGCAGGCGGAGUCGCGCCCGCCUUCCCGAACCGGGGCGCACGGGCCUCCGUUGUCUCUAGCGCCCUCCGGGGCCCCAGAAACAAUGCCGGUCCUCUCCGCGCGCGGGAAGGGGUCGGCGGGCACGGCGGGGCCGCGGCGGCGGAGCGGGCGGAGCCCCGCGGUGGCUCUGGCUCCACCUUUCGGCUCCCAGCGCCCCGCCAGCCCGCUUCGUGCAUCUGUCCGGCCUCGGGAGCCUCCGUGCAUCGCGAUACGGCGAGCGGCGGGCCGCGACCGGGGACGUCCACUUGGGUCUCCUAGAGGGAGCCUCCACGGCUGCGGCACCCGCCGGAGAGGGGCGGGAUGGUCCCCCAGAGCCUUCGAGUCCGGGGCUAGAGCGGCCAGGCCUCUGGGCCGGGUCGAGCCGGGGUCGACGACGGCUGCGUCACGUGAGGGGGCGGGGCCGCCACGGGCGGAGGCCGGAGCCGGAAGCGGAAGAGCCGCUCGGAGCGGGGAGUGGGGCCUAGCCGCAGCCGGAGCCUGGGAGACGAUGCAUCACUGUAAGCGAUACCGUUCCCCUGAGCCAGACCCGUACCUGAGCUACCGCUGGAAGAGAAGGCGGUCUUACAGUCGGGAACACGAAGGUCGACUGCGUUACCCAUCCCGAAGGGAGCCUCCCCCUCGGCGAUCUCGCUCCAGAAGCCAUGAUCGCCUGCCUUACCAGAGGAGAUACAGGGAGCACCGAGACAGCGAUACCUACCGGUGUGAAGAACGGAGCCCAUCCUUUGGAGAGGACUGCUAUGGAUCUUCUCGUUCUCGUCAUCGGCGGCGGUCACGGGAGAGGGGCCCAUACAGAACUCGCAAGCAUGCCCACCACUGCCACAAACGCCGCACCAGGUCUUGUAGCAGCGCCUCCUCGAGAAGCCAACAGAGCAGUAAGCGCAGCAGCCGGAGUGUGGAAGAUGACAAGGAGGGCCACCUGGUGUGCCGGAUCGGCGAUUGGCUCCAAGAGCGAUAUGAGAUCGUGGGGAACCUGGGUGAAGGCACCUUUGGCAAGGUGGUGGAGUGCUUGGACCAUGCCAGAGGGAAGUCUCAGGUUGCCCUGAAGAUCAUCCGCAAUGUCGGCAAGUACCGGGAGGCUGCCCGGCUAGAAAUCAAUGUUCUCAAGAAGAUCAAGGAGAAGGACAAAGAGAACAAAUUCUUAUGUGUCUUGAUGUCUGACUGGUUCAACUUCCACGGUCACAUGUGUAUCGCCUUUGAGCUCCUGGGCAAGAACACUUUUGAAUUCCUGAAGGAGAAUAAUUUCCAGCCUUACCCCCUACCGCAUGUCCGGCACAUGGCCUACCAGCUCUGCCAUGCCCUCAGAUUUCUACACGAGAACCAACUGACCCACACAGACUUGAAGCCAGAGAACAUUCUGUUUGUGAAUUCCGAAUUUGAAACCCUCUACAACGAGCACAAGAGCUGCGAGGAGAAAUCAGUGAAGAACACCAGCAUCCGCGUGGCAGACUUCGGCAGUGCAACCUUCGACCAUGAGCAUCACACGACCAUCGUGGCCACCCGUCACUAUCGCCCACCUGAGGUGAUCCUUGAGCUGGGCUGGGCACAGCCCUGUGAUGUCUGGAGUAUCGGCUGCAUUCUCUUCGAGUACUACCGGGGCUUCACACUCUUCCAGACCCAUGAAAACCGAGAGCACUUGGUGAUGAUGGAGAAGAUCCUAGGGCCCAUCCCAUCACACAUGAUCCACCGCACCAGGAAGCAGAAGUAUUUCUACAAAGGGGGCCUGGUUUGGGACGAGAACAGCUCUGACGGGCGGUAUGUGAAGGAGAACUGCAAACCUCUGAAGAGUUACAUGCUCCAGGAUUCCCAGGAGCAUGUGCAGCUGUUUGACCUGAUGAGGAGGAUGUUAGAGUUCGACCCUGCCCAGCGCAUCACACUGGCGGAGGCCUUGCUGCACCCCUUCUUUGCUGGCCUGACCCCUGAGGAGCGGUCCUUCCACACUAGCCGUAACCCCAGCAGAUGACAGGUGCAGGCCAGCGCUUGGAGAAGGAGAGCGGGACUGGGCUGCCGGCCCCUUUUCUCCAGCCUCUCCCACCGGCCUUGGGGCCAGAGCCACCCAUGAACAGUGCAAUGUGAAGGAAGGCAGGAGCCUGUGAGGGGCUGUGGCGCCCAGCUGCCAGAAAGCACAGAUUUGACCCAAGCUAUUUAUAUGUUGUAAAGUUAUAAUAAAGUGUUUCUUACUGUUUGUAACCCUGGUGUACCGGUGGUCCGUCUCCAUGCUCCCGGCCUUCCCUUCCCUGACUUCACUAAUAGUCUUUCCUAGCAGCUCA